AUGCAUUCCAAUUCCAAACUCGACAACAAACCGCUACUGAGACACAACGAGGAUGUCCGCUGUCUUGUCAGCACUGCGCUUUUCUUCACCGUCUUCUUGAUCACUUGGCACAACUUUACCUCCCCCACAGCUGGCGGUUGGAUUUCUUUUUCACUAUGGCUUGCCUUGUUUCAGCUCUCCUUCAUGGGCGCUGUCACGACACAUAAUGCUAUUCACCUGCCCGUCUUUUGGUCCAAGAACUGGAACAAGUUCUACCAAGUUUGCCUGUCUCUGCAGUAUGGCGGCGCCGUCUCCAUUUUUAUUCCAGGACACAACUUGUCUCAUCACAAGUAUCCUCAACAGGCAAGAGACGUUAUGCGCACCACCAAGGUUCGAUACAGUUGGAAUCUCCUGAAUGGUUUACUGUUCUUCUGGCAUGUUGUCCUCUCCGGAAACAAGGAUGACAAGCUAUACUUCGCAGCUCAAGCCCGUCUCAAUCGACCUAUCGUAAGACAGCGUCAAAUUGAAGAAAUUGCUGUAUGGGGUACUACCGGCGUUCUGAUCCUGAUUGACUGGCGACGAUGGAUCUGGUUUGCGUUGUUGCCGCAGUUUUACGCCAAAUACUGCAUUCUCUCCCUCAACUUCCUUCAGCACGACGGAUGCGACAUGACGUCAAAGUACAACUUUGCACGCAACUUCACCGGCAUAACGCUCAAUUACUUGUGCUUCAACAAUGGAUACCAUACAGUCCACCACCUGUACCCCGGCCUGCACUGGUCAGUCCUACCUGAGAAGCAUCAGGAGCUCAUCUCGCCACAAGUCGCACCAAGCCUGGAGGACCCUAACAUCCUGCUGUACAUGUGGCGCAACUUCAUUUACCCAGGGCUCCGCGUUGACUACAAGGGCAAGCCCCUAAUAAUUACCAAGGAGGAAAAUGAGAUGCCGGAUGAGCCUUGGUUCUACACCGAAUCAGAAACAUUUUCCAACACCAAGGAAUACCUGGCACAAGGCAUGGAAUGA